UCGCCACGGCUAACAUAUACUCCGUAUAUUUUGCUGGUUUAAAAAUAGUAAAUCUUGUUAAAAAGUUUAAAAAACAAGUGUAGUGCCUACAUUAACAAGAGAACUGAAACAUAUAUUGUGGACAAAGUUAAAAAGUGCUUAAAAACUGUUAAAAUAGUGCUGAAGUGCUGCUGUGAAAAGACGGUUAUUUUCGAGCAAUUAAAAACUUUUUUGACAAUACAAAACUUGGUGUGGUGUUAAUUUAAGCUAAGAAGUGAGAAGUGAAAAUACAUAUCGCCAAAUAACGUAAACUUUAAAAAUAAUCAAUUUAAAGGUCGAUGAAUUGGCAAAAUUGACUAUAAUUACAGCGCCAUCUAUGAGCGACAGUUUGUAACUUCUCACUAGAUAGAUCACUAAAGAUCGUUUGACACUGUAAUACCAAAAGUGUACUAACAGAGGGCACCACUAGUACCAAAAAAUUAAUAACUCCAAGAAAAUAGUUGAAAGCUGUACUAUAACAAUUAUAAUUACUGUACCUUAUUCGUCGACUAGCAAAAAUGAGUAAAACGAUGCGCACUCCGACUAAAAAUUCCCCAAAGCAGAGCAGCAGUACCUCGGCUGUUGAUAAGCCGAAUAAGCGACCACGACCAAAUACCUCACCCCAACAGGUAGAGAAAUACCACGACAAACAAGAAGAAAUUUUAAGUAUGCUGUCACAAGUGCUUUUAGAGUUAUCUGAAAUGCGUAAAUCUAAUGUGGAAAUGCAGAAAACUCUUGAAUUUUACUCAAAAAACUUUGAAAAUUUAAAUACUCGAAUAAAGUCACUAGAAGAAGAAAAACAACACCAAAACAUGUAUAUAAAUAAACUGGAAACAAAGCUGGAAGACUUGGAACGCCACUCCAGAGCCUCCUGUAUAGAAAUUCGAGGAAUCCCACCUAAAAAAUCGGAAUCGAAGACAGAACUUAUAACAUACAUAAAUAGAAUUCACACGAAAAUCAAUGUCCAAACCGAAAGCAAUAUCAUCAAAGACAUUUACCGUCUAAGCCGCAAACCAAAUGGAGAACGUCCGAUAGUGGUUGAGUAUACAACAAACCUGUUCAAGGACAAGAUACUACAAGCCACCAAAAAAUAUAAUUCCUCAAAUACCACAGAUAGAAUGAACACCAUAUCCCUUGGCUUUGAAGGCAAUAAGACCCCAGUAUAUAUAUCUGAGCUGUUAACACCUAAAGCAAGACGACUAUUCUUCCUGGCGCGAGACGUAACUAAACAAAUUGGCUAUGAUUUCUGCUGGACUGCAAAUGGCAAGGUUUUAAUGCGUAAAACGGAAGGUCUUUCUCUCAUUGUAAUCUCCAACGAGAAGCAACUCGAAGACCUGAAACAAAAAAACUAA